CUCAUCUCUCUCUGUGCAUUUUACCUUUUCUAGAUCUUAACCUGCAAUGGCUCGUACAAAGCAAACUGCUCGCAAGUCAACCGGAGGAAAGGCUCCAAGGAAGCAACUCGCCACCAAGGCUGCUAGGAAAUCAGCUCCGGCGACUGGCGGAGUGAAGAAGCCCCACAGAUUCCGUCCUGGAACGGUGGCGCUUCGUGAAAUCCGAAAGUACCAGAAGAGUACGGAGCUUUUGAUCAGGAAGCUUCCGUUCCAGAGACUGGUUAGAGAAAUCGCACAGGAUUUCAAGACUGAUCUGCGGUUCCAGAGUAGCGCUGUCGCUGCGCUCCAGGAAGCAGCGGAAGCUUAUCUGGUUGGGCUUUUUGAGGACACAAAUUUGUGUGCGAUUCACGCAAAGAGAGUGACGAUUAUGCCCAAGGAUAUUCAACUUGCUCGAAGGAUCCGUGGCGAGAGGCACAGAUCUCACUCAUACAUAUCUGCCUCCUACUUUCUCUACAACUUUUCGUCAAUGGCUCGUACAAAGCAAACCGCUCGUAAAUCAACCGGAGGAAAGGCUCCAAGGAAGCAACUCGCCACAAAGGCAGCUCGGAAAUCGGCUCCGGCGACUGGCGGAGUGAAGAAGCCCCACAGAUUUCGCCCUGGAACGGUGGCGCUUCGUGAAAUCAGAAAGUACCAGAAGAGUACCGAGCUUUUGAUCAGGAAACUUCCAUUCCAGAGACUGGUUAGGGAAAUCGCACAGGAUUUCAAGACCGAUCUGCGGUUUCAAAGUAGCGCCGUCGCUGCGCUCCAGGAAGCCGCGGAGGCUUAUUUGGUCGGGCUUUUCGAGGACACUAAUCUUUGUGCGAUUCACGCCAAGAGAGUGACGAUUAUGCCCAAGGAUAUUCAACUUGCUCGAAGGAUCCGUGGCGAGAGGGCUUGAUUGAAUCAUAGCAUUCCAUUUGUUGGAUUGGUAAGAUUCUGGAUUUGGCGAUAAAUGGUUUGGGUUUGGUCAAUAGUGUUCCAUGCAACUCAUCUGUUUUGCUAUUGGAAUUUUGUAGUUUCAUGCUAUAAAUUAUAAUAUAUUUACAACGAUGCUGCUCUAUCAAUGAAGCAAUUACAGAUCUGAAAUCUUGUUUGAAA